AGGGCGCUGAUACAAAGCACCAAGUGGUCUGGGAACAACUCGAGAGGAGGCCAUUCACUAGCCUGUUUUAGCUACACACAUCUAGCUACUGUUAGCUAGCCGGCGGCUAACGAGCAAGCUAAAACAUCAGUUUGUCUUAAUGUCGUCCGUCUUAUCAAGUGAUGGCAAGAGAACAGUGUUCACAAACCGAAGCUGAACUGUAUUACCUCAUUGCCAGAUUUCUCCAGUCUGGACCCUGUAAAAAAGCAGCACAGAUUCUGGUCGAGGAGCUGGAGGAGUAUGAGUUGGUACCGCAACGAUGGAGUUGGGACGGGGAGAAAUACAAACGCACCUUUCAAGACUGGGUGAUUUUGAACCAGCACAUUCCUGCAGACUACCUGCUCCGUGUUUGUCAGCGGAUAGGUCCUCUCAUACAGAAGGAGAUCCCACCUAGUGUCCCUGGAGUCCAAACCCUCCUGGGGCUGGGAAGACAGUCGUUGCUUCGCACCACCAAAAGUUGUAGCCACAAAGUAUGCCGUGGCUCAGCUGUUGCUGCACUCCACCGAGGACGUCCGCCAGAACCUCCAGUCAGCAAUGGAAAUCCUCCUAAUGUUGUGUCCAUCAUGGGUGCUCGCCAGGCCACCGGUACGGCUCGUUUUGGCCAGACUCUGCCGUCUUCCUCCUACCAGUACAUGAAGAUACACAAACGUAUCCUUGGCCACCUCUCUUCAGUUUAUUGUGUAGCCUUUGACCGCACUGGUCGUCGGAUAUUUACGGGUUCUGAUGACUGCUUGGUGAAAAUCUGGGCCACAGAUGACGGCCGGCUCCUGGCAACACUUCGCGGCCACUCAGCAGAGAUUUGUGACAUUGCUGUCAACCACGAGAACAGUCUCAUUGCUUCGGCCAGCUGUGACAAAGUCAUCAGAGUGUGGUGUCUACGCACAUGUGCGCCCAUCACUGUUCUGCAGGCUCAUGCUGCCUCCAUCACAUCCAUACAGUUUUGUCCUGCAGUCAGAGGAACAAUGCGAUACCUGGCGUCAACAGGUGCAGACGGCAUGGUGUGCUUCUGGAAGUGGAACUCUCUCAGUAUGAAAUUUAAUGAUCAACCAGUCAAGUUUGUCGAGCGAUCACGGCCAGGAGUGCAAGUCUCUACUUCCUCUUUCAGUAGUGGUGGCAUGUUCAUGGCUACCGGUGGCACAGAUCACAUGAUCAGGGUCUACUACCUUGGGGCUGAAACACCUAUGAAAGUCUCUGAGAUGGAUGCUCACACGGAUAAAGUCGUAGUCGUCCAGUUUAGCAAUAACAGUGACAGCCUAAGGUUUGUGAGUGGCAGUCGAGACGGCACAGCCAGGAUCUGGCAUUACCAGCAACAAGAAUGGAAGAGCCUCACUUUAGACAUGGCUGCAAGGUUGCCUGGGAGUACUGUUGCCAACGGGGACGACAAAGCCAAGCUGGUGGUGACCAUGGUGGCGUGGGAUCGUGUGGAUAACACCGUCAUCACUGCAGUGUCAAACUACCUGCUCAAAGUGUGGAACGCAGCGUCUGGACAGCUGCUGCAUGUUUUGUCUGGUCACGAUGACGAGGUGUUUGUGAUGGAGGCUCACCCGUUCGACUCCCGCAUCAUGUUAUCUGCUGGCCACGAUGGCAACAUUUACAUGUGGGAUCUAACAAAAGGAGCUAAGAUCCGCAAUUUCUUCAACAUGAUCGAGGGCCAGGGCCAUGGUGCUAUUUUUGACUGCAAGUUCUCAGCUGAUGGGCAGCAUUUUGCCUGCACUGACUCACACGGCCAUUUGCUCAUCUUUGGCUUCGGCUGCAGCAGACCAUAUGAGAAGAUUCCUGACCAGAUGUUCUUCCACACGGACUACCGACCUCUUAUUCGUGACUCUAAUAACUACGUCCUGGAUGAGCAGACGCAGCAGGCUCCUCACCUCAUGCCUCCACCCUUCCUGGUGGACGUUGACGGGAAUCCUCAUCCUCCUCACUACCAGCGCCUGGUGCCAGGAAGAGAGAACUGCAAGGAGGAUCAGCUCGUUCCUCAGCUAGGAUACAUGGCAAACAGUGAUGGAGAGUUGGUUGAGCAGGUACUUGGCCAGCAGACGGCAGAAAACGGAGAAAGCCUUUUAGACAAUCUCAUCAGACAGUUGCAGAAUGAGCAGGACGCACGUCAGAGUGCAGAACAGCAGGCUGAAGGGGAAGGAGAAGAGGCUGAGGAUGCAGCAGAGCUGGUGCCCUCCUCUCCAACUGUUGCCCCUCGCAGAAGUGGGCAGGUGGAUGGGGUGUGGCAGAUGCAGCACAACGCCCUCCGUAGUCAAGUGGCCACACCGAGGGACCUGCUGGCCUGGAGCCGCAGAGUGGUGGUCACUGAAGUGCCACAAGGGAUAUUCAGAGUUAUGGAGGAGUGCCGGCAAGCCAAAGGCGACAUGGAAUGUUCUCUAUACAAUGCAGAAAGGAAGAAGAAACCGGUAACCUGCCCCCCCAAGAGCGAUCCGCUUGCUUCACGCCUGCGCUCCCUGCGGCCGGCCAAGAAAAAGCAGCAGCGCCACGCCUAUCAGACUCGCUCUGCUCAGGUCCGCCGUCCUGGAAGCAGGAGUCGAAAUUCCAGCAAUCGCCGUAACUCUGGCAGUCAGAUCGACUCAGACAGUGACAGAGAAGCAACAGAACGGGCAGAGCAAAGCGACGCCUCCUCUGAUGCUGAAACUCAGUGGCAGAGUGAAAGCAGCUCCAGUGACUCUUCCAGUGAGUAUUCUGACUGGACAGCUGAUGCUGGAAUCAACCUGCAGCCCCCAAAGCGAACAACCAGGAGGCCUGUACAGCCGCCAGAAUACAGCAGCUCUGAGGAGGAGGAAGCUGGUGACGAGGCUAAGGAGGCAAAGAAGAAGGAAAAUGAGAAGAAGAAGAAGCCCAAGGAGAACAAACAGAAGCCCCCAUCUUCUUUGGCUGGACUUGAUGCGGAGGAGUGGCUGCCACCAUCGUGGAUAAUGGAGACCAUCCCUCACCGCUCUCCUUUUGUUCCCCAGAUGGGGGAUGAACUCAUCUACUUCAAGCAAGGCCAUCAGGCGUACGUCCGAGCUGUUCGCAGGGCCAAGGCCUACAGCAUCAACCCUCAGAAGCAGCCGUGGAACAGACUCAACCUCAGGGACCAGGAAUCUGUGAAGGUGGUUGGAAUUAAGUAUGAAGUGGGACCUCCCACCCUCUGCUGCUUAAAACUGGCUUUCUUGGACCCAGUCUCAGGGAAGAUGACCAAUGACUCUUUCUCCUUAAAGUAUCAUGACAUGCCCGAUGUCAUAGAUUUUCUGGUACUGCAGCAGUUUUACAACGAGGCUAAAGAGCACAACUGGCAGCCAGGUAUGAGGUUCCGCAGCAUCAUCGAUGACGCCUGGUGGUUUGGAUCUGUGGAGGAUCAGGAGCCCCUGCAGCCAGAGUAUCCAGAUAGCCUGUUUCAGUGCUAUGCAGUGAAGUGGGAUAAUGGUGAACGGGAGAAAAUGAGUCCCUGGGACAUGGAGCCUAUUCCUGAGGAAGCUGCGUUGCCAGAGCAGGUUGGUGACGGGGUGGAGGUGGCAGAAGAGGAGCUAAAGGCUCUGCUCUACAUGCCUCAGGAAGGAGAGUGGGGGGCUCACACACGAGACGAAGACUGCGAGAGAGUCAUGAAUGGCAUCGACCUGCUUCUUACACUAGAUGUAGCCAAGGCGUUCUCAUCACCUGUAAACUUGCGGGACUACCCUCUGUACUGCACUGUGGUGGCUUACCCCACUGAUCUGAGCACCAUCCGCAAACGACUGGAGAAUCGCUUUUACAGGCGGAUCUCUGCAUUAAUGUGGGAGGUGCGCUAUAUUGAACACAAUGCCCGCACUUUCAACGAGCCCCAAAGCCCCAUUGUAGCAGCUGCCAAGGUGGUGACUGAUGUUCUCCUCCACUACAUUGGAGACCAGAGCUGCAUAGACAUCCUGGAUCUGUAUCACAAACUCAAAUCUGAGGUCAGCAGUGGAGAAGAAGCUGAGGUUGACUUGGAUGUGGACUCAGACACUCCGGGGACAUCUACUGGACAUCGAGGAGCCGACCCAAAUUCCAAAAAGCGUGGUGUGGCUUUGGAUGUAAAAGCAUGGCGAGCUCAGUGUCGGGAGCUGCUGCGUCGGAUGAUGGUUUCGCCGGAUUCAGAGCCGUUCCGACAACCUGUGGAUCUCUUUGAGUACCCGGUAAAACGAUCUGUAACAGCCUCCACUGUCAAAGUAGUCAGAUUCACACAAAUUUCUGAGUACUUCAACUUUUCCACUCUCUACUCUCCUUUUGUUCAGGACUAUCGAGACAUCAUCGACACUCCCAUGGAUCUGGGUACAGUGUCAGAGACGCUGGUGGCAGGAAACUAUGAAAAUCCAGUGGAGUUUGCCAAAGACAUCCGCCUCAUUUUUAGCAACUCAAAAGCAUACACACCGAACAAGAAAUCACAGAUCUACACCAUGACCCUCAGCUUGUCGGCCUUCUUUGAAAAACACAUCAUCGCCAUCAUAUCUGACCACAAAUCUGCCAUUCAGAAUGAACGGCGGACUCGUCAGAGGCUCAGUUACAGGGACAGAUUGCACAACGGAGGCAGCUCCCCGCCUAACAGUCCAUCCAGCAGCUCUAAAGGGAAGCACAAGUCAGGGAAGGUGUCAAAACCAAAAAAAUCCCAGACCUCAACGAAGAGUCGUUCUCAGAGAUCAUAUCAGGCUCAGCAAAGCAGCAGUGUAGCAGAGGAAGAGGACAUCCAGCCUUCUUCCCCAAGUUCAGGGACAAGCGAGAAGAGCAGAAGUCAAGGGCCACAUCGAGUGACCCGCAGCCAAGCAACUCCAGUGAAGAAGUCAGGGCACCGGCGUAACUUGCAUCUAAGUAAUGGCUCCAGACAGCGCCACGGGCGAGACACGCUGCAGUCUGACGAUGACGAAGAGGCAUCUGGAUCCAAUAGCUCGUCGUCGGAGUCAUCCUCCAGUUCUUCAUCCUCCUCUUCCUCCUCAUCGUCUGACAGUGAGAACAGCUCCGAUUCUGAGAUGGAGAAGUACGUGGAGGGAGGAGAUCACGACUACAGCAAAGCCCCCUGCCUGUCAGUACGCCUCUCAGCGAAGGGUAAGGUGGCAGCCUCAGGGAAAAGGAGACGCAAAGGAGGAGAGGACAUGGCACAGAAACCGAAAAGAGCACGAAUGCAGCUGCCAGUAGAGAAGGAGGAGGAGGAGGAGGAGGAGUCGGAAGAUGAGGAGCAAGAUGAGGAGGUGGCAGAGGAGGAGGAUGAUGAUGAUGAUGAUGAAGAAGAGGAGGAGGAGGAAGAAGAAGAAGAGGAGGAGCAGCAGCAGCAGCCGCAGCAGGUGGAUGUAAGACAUGAAGAGGAGGAGGAGGAAGAGGAAGAGGAGGAGGAGCCUGAGGAAGAGGAGGAGCCUGAAGAAGAAGAAGAAGAGGAGGAAGAUGAGGACGAAAACUCAAAUGAGGUGCAGAGAGGAGCUGCAGCAGCAAACAGUCAUAGAGGCAACCAUUGCAAGUCUCGUCGGGUGAACACGCGUAACCAGGGCCGCAGGACAGUUCUGUACAGAGACGACUCAGAGGAUGAUGGCCAUGGGUCCAAGGACGACCCCCUCAACCUGGGCAUGUCCCGCUCAGGACGGGUACGCCGCAUGACAGAGAAAGCCCGUGUCAGCCACCUCAUGGGCUGGAGUCACUGACACGUUGCCCCUUUUUCAAACCUCAAUAAAAGAAAAAAGACUUUUAAACAUGAGUUAACACAUCAGGGAUUUUUUUUCUUUCUUUUUGUACAAGUGUAUGUAUAAAAUCUAUAUAUAUAUAUGAUUUUCUUUUUAUCUAAUACUGCUUAUGACUCUCAAACUGAUAGCUGGUGCUCAAGAAGUGUUGCCACGGAUUUUCCUUCCCUGGUCGACAGAGCUACUGUUCAACACGGACCCUCUCCAACUGGACUAACUCACCUCGGCCUUACUGCUCACUGGAGGAGCCUUUACGACGCAUCACUGCUCUUCUCCUCCUCACCCUGUGCGUUUCAUGUCCAGUGUUAAAACACUAGAUGAGUUCCUCCUCGUCCCUCUCAAAACCUUUCUUACUCCUGGUCACCAAAGAAGGAUGCGGAGAUGCCAAAAAAUGGUGCUCAUAUUUCUCCGUCUUGAUUUUUUUUUUUUUUUUCCUUCCUUUCCCUCAAUGAAUAACUCUCUCAUGCUGGUGGACACAAGUUCACCCAUGACUACGGGGAGAUACGUGCAGUAUCACUUAAGGUAUCUGAUGUCAACUUUUUUGGGUGCUUGCUCUUUCUUCACAACAGCAAGCCUUAGUUUUCAGAGCUCCCACCAUUCUGAUUUUGUUCUGUGCAGUGUAGUGUGAGGACUAGCAAUACUGGGAAGAAGUCAGUAGAGCACCGUACCAUAGUAAUCUCCCUCUGGACGUCCUUGGCCUGUGAAUGUUAAAUGUUUUUCCCCUGCUUCCUUUUUCUGGUGUUGACUGUUUUUGGCUGCUCAGUUCUGUUAUUUUUUAGGUAGCAUUGGAGCUUUUCUUUUCAUUCUUUUUUUUUUUUUCUUAUAGGGUGAAUAAGGUUUUUCUUUUUUGGGUGAAAAAGCCACUGCGUCCUGUUUGUAUUUGUGCUGUUGCACCCCCUGAUGGAUCACACCGGCAUCCAGCCAUGGUUGCUUCCACAACACUUUCUCCACCCAGCACAUGCAAAAGCAAAAGGUUCCUGGCCAACUUUCUUCCACAGAAAUAUUUAUUUUUCCAUUGUACUAUACUUAUCUUGCUUUGACUAUUUCGUACAUUUGUUAGCGGUGAGGAAAAAGGAAGUAUUUGCACAUUUACCUACUCCAUGUGGCAGCUGAGUAAUAAAUAUAUUAGAGAAAGAGAAGUAAGAUGAAACCUCAUGAUUUUUGUGUGAGAAUGUUUGAACUGUGCCAGCACACUCGAUUCAGUUUGACAAGGAUAUAACUCGAAAUCUCUUUCCACCUGUGGGCGAUUAAGCUUAAGGUCUCAUCUGAUUGGCUUCUUCGAUCGUGCUUUCUUUUGGUUUGAAGCAAAGAGAGCAACCGUGGAUCUGUUCUUUGCUACCGUGUUGUGCCAUUUCCCUCUCCCUUUGUUUCGAACCAUCUGCGGACUGAUGGGUUUCUGACUUUGGGUAGAUCAACUGCACACAUUAUGGCUUUUACAAUCCAAUCACUGUGUCUAUUUAGUUCAUAAUCUGUGAUUCCUGGCUGAUAUGAAUUCUAAAUACCAGGCAUCUCUCGAGCAGAGUGGAUGCCUUUUCUCUUUAUUUUUUUGGCACCAAUUCACUUAAAUCUUGUGCAGUCGUGAAAACGUCGUGCUGAAAAACACUCGAGGCAGCAUCCAGUCAGGAGAUAUCGGAAAACGAUGACUCACAUUUCAACACUCUCUCCGGGUGCUCUAAUCCAAACACACCUCCUCAUCCCUCUGUGUGUGGUCACUGACAUGAGAGGGAAGAGGCCUCGGAGGUUAUUUUACAGUUUGGUCAGUGUCAUGUUCUCACGAAACACACAAAGCGGCAGAAAACACGUGGGGUGCUCCAAGCGGCAGCAUUAACUGGUGUCUUGAAAUUCUUCUGGUUGAGUGUGAUAAUACUAUGAUUCUUAUUUUGGGAUCUUAUUUUCAUAUAGUAGAUGACGCUUAGUCUUGCCUCAAAGCAUCAGAUUAGUUGAUGACAGAUACAACAAUAACAUUCUACUGUAGGUGGAAUAAGCUUACGUGACUGUCUUUUAUACACAAUGUUUUGAUUGUAUGUGUUUUCUUUUUUUUUUUAAUAAAGAAAUGAACCUCUCUUUAAAAUAA